ACAAGCAUAUGGGUGGUGUUCCUGUUAAUGAGAGGGGACCACGUGGCGGUUGCUGGGAACGCUGCAACGCUAAAAUUAACUUAACGAUCGGUGAGAGCGGAAAAGCCGCUUCGAAAAAGGCCCCACUAACCAUAUAGUAGGACUCAUUUAAAAUGGGUUCCAGCGUUCACACACUUUUUUUUUCCCGUCAAGUUUUUUUUUUUUAUUAAAAAGAAACGGGCCAAGCCCAAUAACCUUACAAAAUAGCAAGCCCACAGCCCGAUUAGCUAAACAAACACCAAAGUAAAAUAAACGGGCCUUAAGCCCAACAGCCCAAACCCGACACUGCCCAACUCCAGCGACACAUGUCGGCUUAACUUCUUCUUUUCUCUUUCCGGCGGUUCCGCCGACCGGUUCAGAACCGUCGAACUUGUCUCGGGGGGCUUCAUCGGACUAACCGAAAGCUCAUCCCCAACAUCAGACGCCAUCUCACGACCAUUGAAACCCCGACUCGAUACCUCAACUCUCCUUCUCUUGUCGUCGUAACCGAUGGUGGAGAGCGUCAUCUUCGACCGAGAGCUCAUCCUUUUUCCGAGCAUACACCUUGACGACAAGAUCCAUCACACCGUUUCCACCAUAACCCACCUAGUACUCAAACCCAACAGACAACGGGUCCUAACCCGACCGCGUAGAGCAAAAGUGAGCCUCUACCCUCCGGAACCAAAACCGACAGCGUAGAGCUGUGUGAGCCUCUACCCUUCGGAGCCAAAACCGGCGAAGAAGGAGCAGAGAUUACCUCCUCUUCCCGGGAACUUGAACCGGCGUCGGCAAAGCUGAAGGAGCCUCCACCUCCCGGAGAAAAGCCGGCGUCGACGGAUCUGUGGUAGCCUCCAUCUCCCGGAACCACCACUCGAACAUGCAAGCCGAUCUUCUCACGCCAUGGCCUCCACGCGAGCGCGUCGUCCCUCCAAACGAGGAACCACCUUCGGAUGAUGGCUCUAAUCCAGAGCUCCGACAAGGCACUCAGGGAUAGGCGACGGAGAAGAAGCAAAAAAAACAUUUUGACGGAAAAGAGGAAGGAUCCGGCGGCGGCACGGACGCUCACGCGCCGGCCUUACGCCGGAUCCGAGCUCAGAUCUCCUUUCUCUCUCCUUUCUCUCUCCUUUCUCUCUCUAGUAUCUCUCACGUGCUCCAGCGUUCACACACUACAAUAUCUGUUUUUUUUUAGUCAAGUUACAAUGUUUUUUUCAAUCGAAAAAAGUUAACCCCAGAUCUAUUAAAUACACAGAUCUAACUCUCGGGUAGAAGGUAUAAUUCACAGAUGAAUCUUUUUUUGGGUAUUCAAAUAGACCGUAAGCGUAGACUCAUUCUACGUGGUCACAUAUAGAACUAAUAAUUUCGCACUAGAGAAAAGUCGAUCAUGACCUAGAUCAACAUGACAACUUCUCUUUUAGUGAUUAGUUAAGUUACAAUGUUGUCCAAAACAUAAAGUUUCUUGUUUUUUUUUCCUACAAUAAUUUGCAACUAUAAAUUCAGACCACACCAGAUUGUGUCUCUCUCAAGCCCACACACACAUUCUCACCCUGUUUUCUUACAACUCAAAUCUCCUUUUCUAUCUCUUUCAGCUUAUAUUUGCAAACAAAAAAUGGUAAGAUUCAUCGAAGAAAACACAAAACCGGUGAAAAAUGAAACAGGAGACAAAUCAAAAACGGAUGCAACAACGGUGAAGACGAAAGUUCUUCAAGAUCUUAUCAUCAACAAUGGAGGAGGAUUAAUAAAUUCAUGGGUUGAUUCCAUGAGAGCUUGUUCUCCUACUCACCUCAAAUCUUUGAUGAAACAAAGCUCUUGGCUGACAGAACAUCCAUCAGCUUUAGAUAUGUUCGAAGAGAUUCUUCAUGUUUCCGAAGGAAAACAAAUCGUUAUGUUCUUGGAUUAUGAUGGCACUUUAUCUCCCAUUGUUGAUGAUCCAGACCGAGCUUUCAUGUCUAAGAAGAUGAGAAGGACAGUGAGAAAACUAGCAAACUGUUUUCCAACUGCCAUAAUUAGUGGAAGAUGCAGAGAAAAGGUUUAUAAUUUUGUGAAACUGACUGAGUUGUACUAUGCUGGAAGUCAUGGAAUGGACAUCAAAGGACCAGAGCAAGGGUCCAAGUAUAAGGAUCAGGAUAAAUCUCUUCUUUGCCAACCAGCUACAGAGUUCCUCCCCAUGAUCGACGAGGUCUAUCAAAAAUUAGUGGAGAAAACAAAUUUAACUCCCGGAGCCAACAUAGAGAACAAUAAAUUUUGUGUCUCUGUUCAUUUCCGACGCGUCGAUGAGAAAAACUGGAGUGAUUUGGCUAAUCAAGUUCGAUCAGUCAUGAAGGACUACCCUGAGCUCCGACUUACUCAAGGAAGAAAAGUUUUGGAAAUUCGUCCUAUCAUUAAAUGGGAUAAAGGCAAAGCACUCGAGUUUUUAUUAGAGUCCCUUGGAUACGCCAAUUGUACCGACGUUUUCCCCCUUUAUAUCGGCGAUGAUCGCACAGACGAAGAUGCAUUUAAGAUACUGAGAGAAAGAAGACAAGGUCUUGGCAUUCUUGUAUCCAAAAUCCCAAAGGAGACUAACGCAUUCUAUUCUCUGCAAGAGCCUGAUGAGGUUAUGGAUUUCUUGCAGCGUUUAGUGGAAUGGAAACAAUUGAGAUCUGGAGCAUGAUGAUAGAGCUAUAAGCCUAUAAGUACAUAAGUUCUUUUUAAUGACAUGUUAAUCAAGUUUUUUUUCCUUCUAUGUAUUGUACUCAACGCAUCUUUGUAAAGAGAGAUCCAUUAUCAAAGAAAACAGUUAAUGGAAUCGAUCAUAUAUGGUUCUAUUCAAUUAUUUCUACGCGUGUCGUAUAUUAUAAAUACUUGACAUGUAUCUAGAUGUUAUCUCGAAAUGAAAUGAAAUGAAAUGUCAUGAUAUAAGUAUUAUUUCACUUAUAUUUCGAAUUAAAAUAUCUCAGUCAACAUUUCGGUAUUUUUAAUGUUUUGGAUAUAAGGUAGUUCAAAUCAAAGUGAAAACAUAUCUAGAAGAAAAAUUACAAAAUUAAAACUUGAUUUAUCGAGUCGAAUGUAUCUAUCUCUAUAUCUGCCUAUAUGAAUCUCAGAUCAGAACAAACUAAAAUAUAAAACGUAUAACUCAAAAUUGAUUAUUAAAAAUAAAUGGAAUAUUUGUUUGAUUAUUAACAACAUUCAACCCCAAACUGAUUAACAACCUUCAACUCCAAACUGAAACAUAUCAUGAUACGUUUUUUUUUU